CAGACAUCAACAUCAACAUUUGAGGGUGCCAAAAGGAUGGCAUGGAUCUACGUUGGACUUGGAAGAGCAAGCCUCGAAACAACGGAAGAUACAGUUCUCAAGCAUCUUGAAAAUAAAUUUCCUAAUGAAAGAUUUUCUGUCGAGAAAUUACCGCAGAAAGAAACUGCGAAAAGUCGAGUAUUUAAGGUUGGCACCAAUAUGGAGAUGAUUGAACAGUUAUAUAGGGGCGAAAAUUGGCCGAGGGAUACUACUGUCAGGCGUUUUCGGUUUUUUCGGCCACAAGGGAGAACAGAUUAAUGAAAGUACCAAAACACAAGUUUUGUAUGUUCAUUCAACGCCAUCCGUUCACACAAAUGAGAGGAUAAUAUUCCAAGUAAAAAAAUUGUUGCUUCAUAGAAAAGUAUUUAACAUAAGUAUUAAUUUUGACAUGUCUUAUGUCAGUUAUUUAUGAGAAAUGCUGAAACCCAGAGUUUCACGUGUGGUGUUUUCAACGGGUAUUGCUCCGUCUGAAUCAGAAUACUUUGAUGAAAUAAAUGCAUACAGAAAAAAGACUCUUUGGUUACUUUUGUUAUUUAUAUCGAGAACUAUGAUUGCCGCAGGCGGAGGAGUGCAGAUGACUUAUUACACUAUCAUUAAUGAUAUUGAAGGAAUAUGUUACAUCCCCGAAUUCAACAACACUAAUUGGACUUAUUAUGAAAUUGCUAAAAUAACAACGGAAUAUGGACAAAAUUCCAGUGCGAGACUUAACACAUGCGAAUAUUUCGAUUUGGACUACAAUGAAUUUGCCAAAAUCAGUUUCAACGAAGCACUGAAAUUGAAGGAAGGAAUGAGUUUAAAUAAAGUGAAAACAUGUUUUGGUGGAUACAUUCUCUUGUCUGAUCUUUCAAGCAAAUACCAUACGGUGGAUACUCCAUUCUGCCAUGCCAGAGAGAUUGCUAAAAGGAUGUCGCUGCUGAGUUCUGGUCCAUACGUUGUCAGUUGUAUAUUUUUUGGUUUCCUUGCGGAUUUAUUUGGUCGAAAAAUUAUUGCUACAAUAACAACCAUAUUAUGGAUUUUUUGUGCUUUCUGUUCGGUAAUCGUGCCGAGCAUUUCAAUUGCACAGCUGAUUCUCUUUUCUGCAUCCCGUUUUUUCCAAAUAGCUGCAGAUCUGGUAACUUAUGUGAAUUUGCUGGAAAUUUGUCAUAAGAAGAUUAGAUUUUUAACAGUUUUGACACUGUAUGGAUAUACAAUUGGCUUUCUAAUAUGCACAAGAUUUGCUGAUCAUUUGAAUUUCAGUUGGACUUACCUGCAAUAUAUCUCAUUCAGCUUCGCACUCUUCGCAUUAUUCCACUGUUUCUAUGUACCUGAAUCACCGAGAUGGCUAAUUAAUAAAUCCAAAUACAAAGAAGCUCUGAAAGUGAUGGAAGAAAUAAUAGGUUAUGUUCCAAACGAAAUUCUCUUCGAAGAUGAAGGCUCAGAGACUCCCUUCUCCUGCCAAAUUUUCUGGGACAUGUCAAAAUAUCUGCGAAAGAGAAAAAUCAAAAUUGUAAUCAUUCUUGCCAUAAUUGGUGUCAUUAUUGGAUUCGUUUAUCAAACACAAGUUUGGAGAGUUAUGGAAACAGAUUUUCCGCUGAAAGCGACAAUUGUGGCCGCUUCUGCGGAUCUAUUGAGUCUACCCUAUGCCUUGAUAGUUUAUGCCGCUUUGGGAAAGAAGUAUGGAUUGUUUUGGACAUUCAUCUCUUUGAAUUUUACAUCUUUCGUUACUCUAUGUCUUCAUGACACCAGUUCCAUAGACGUUUAUGCAAAUGCCAUAUUGAUACUCAAUGCUGUAACUGCCCGUAAAUUUCUUUUAUCAUUUUUGCCUGAUUUAUUACCAACGUUCCUUCGCUGUUCAGGUCUGGGUAUUGCCUGCUCAAUGCAAUCAUUAAUGGAAACUAUAACGGUAGCAUUUAUCGAUUGGCAAAUUUCUUCGAUUUCAGGAAGGAGCCAAAAAUUUCAUAUAUAUAAUAUUUUUAAUAUUCUCGUUACCAGGAUUUUUUGUUCUCAAGUUGCCAGAUACAACUCAUGCAGAUUUGCCAACAGUACGAUUAUUCAGAAUGUAAACUGUGUAUACUAAGUGAGAUAGUGAGUAUAAUAGUUAAUCAAAUGUUUGAGCUUUGUUGUAUAUUUUUCAAAUCAAAUAUAUUGUGCUCUGUUAUGAAGAUUGGAAUUAAUGCUUCAUUCACAAGUAUCUAGGUAUAAUAUGUUAUUAAAAAAAAAAAAAAUACAUUUAUUAUUAUUAUUUAUGUUAUAAGUACACAGAAGUUUAUCGAGUCAUGAAGGAAAAAUUUA